GGAAACCGCCCCGUUCUACCCAUUCCUCGGCCGUAGUCUGAGCCAUUCAUUUCCUGUUUGCUGGAAAUCCCUCAUUGUCCCUUCGGGCCGUUCAUCCCGUGAGAAUCCAUCCAUCCCUUUGGUUCGAGUCCAUUCCGCCCAUCCCUCAUCCUCCUGCUGAGGAGCGUAAACGAAGUGGGGCUUCCCCCGUACACAACAACACCAUGUCGUCCUGUUGCCGCCGCGAACCCAAGAAAGUCCCCGAGCCCCAACCAAUGAGCCAAGGUGGGCACACACGAGAGGGAGAGAGAGGGAGGGAGGGAGGGAGCCCCUCUUUUCAUGCAGUGGGGGGACACUGCAGGAGUUUCUCCCGCUCUGUGUUUCUGGUUGUGGUCGGUCAGACGCGCGGACGAGAGCCUUUGGCGGCCCCAUGGCUCCUCCCCCCAUGCAGGCCUACCACUCGCUCCCUCCGCAGCAGUUUCCGGCGGGCAAGAUGCCCCCUCCGCCCCAAAUGAUGCCUGGUCCUCCCUUCGGUGUGCCGCCGCCCGCUCUGAGCCAGAAGGUGCCCAUCUAUACCGCCCCUGGAGGGCCUCAGCCGCCCAUGCCCAUGCCGCCCACAACCAAGCUCCCGCCCACUGGUCCGUCGAUGCCCAAUCUGUUGGUGCCGCCCUACGCGCCGCCGCCCACCGCCAUCCUGAUGGCCGGCAAGCCCCCCAUGCCUGGUGCGGGCGCGCCUCCUGCCAUGAUGCCGCCUCCACACGCUCAAUCGACGCCAAUGCUGCCCCGCCCGCAGUCUGGUAUGGUGCCUCCUCCUUCGAUGGGUCCGCCUCCCCACCAUCCCGCCACUAUGGGGGCGAUGCAGCCACCACCCGGCCCUCCCGGGCCUCCCGGCCCCCCUGGGCCUCCUGGCAGCCGUCCGAUGCUGAUGCCGUUUGUGCCAGCGCAUCCGUUGAUGAUGCCGCCCCACUUGCGCCGCCGUGGGCCGGGUUCUGACAUCCAGGAGUUGAUAUGGCAGUACGCGACGACCAAGAACGAGCUCAACAGCUGCAUGGCGCUGCUGCACGCCAUCAACAGCGAGAUGGCGGCCCUCAAGCAGAGCCACUCGUCGCUCAAGGUCAUGGUGGACCAGCACGAGGUGAUUCUGGGCGGGGGUGCGGGGGCGGGCAAGAGGGAGGCCGGGCUCAAGUUUGUCGUCAACGGUGAUCCCGAUGACCCCGUGGACGUGUACCUGAACAACUUCGUCAAGACCCACAAGGACCUCAACCUCACCGUGGUCAAGAUGGACCCGCCCCUCUACACACUCAACGGACAGGAGGCAUUCAUCACCGAGAAGGACGGCAUCGUCGCAAUCCGGGACGGAACAGAGUGGAAACCAUUCAUGGUCACCCCACAGCUCAGCACGACCCACCAGAGAGCCAGCCAGCCAGCCAGCCAGACACAAACACACCUCUGUCCGUGUGUGUUGGGGUUGGGGUCGUUCAGGAGUUCAUAGCUGAGGCCACGUCAGGUGAUACGUUGGAGGCCAAGCCGAAGAAGGCGGCGGUCAAGAAGGCUGCCGCCAAGGGCAAGGCCAAAGCCAAGGGCAAAGCCGCUGCCGCCAAACCCAAGGCCAAGGCCAAGCCAAAGGUGGGCCCGAAUGGGAUGGAUGGGGUAGGGAGGGAGACAUGAAUCGCCUCUCAUGUGGGUAUUGUUUGUCUGUGUCUGUCUGUUUCAGGCCAAGGCUAAGGCCAAAGCAAAGGGGAAGGCCAAGGCCAAGGCGCGAUAGCCAACUACAACACAACAGACACCAGACCACACCAAGAGGGCGGGACAUGGUUGAAUGGGUGAAUUCAGUGAGCUGAUGCUGGUCAUGAUGAUGCUGGGCUGACAGAUCAUCGUAAGCGUGCCUGCCUGCCUGCCCGAAUGCCUGAAUGCCCGAAUGCCUGAAUGCCC